GCAUCGCAUACCAAAUAGCAGGGCAGCUGACCGCCAGCUGGAUGGCUGCAGACUAACCUAACUCUCCAAUUGAGCGCCAGGUCUCCGACAACGCUACUUUGCUUGCAGACGCGCUCGACAUGCUCGAGCUCCGUGGAGCAACUACCAGAUGGCACCAAAUGCGUGUAGCGCUUGCAGGUCCAAGAAGCUGAAAUGCGUAGCCCAGGCUGGUCAGCGAGCAUGUGUGCGCUGCUCCACCCGCGACCUGCCGUGCUCAUAUGAGCCGGCAAUACAUGACGAUUCACGGCCAAGCGGCGCAGUGCCUGGCAUAAUCCCCGACUUGCCCACCGCUGGAGCCUACCCACCCGCCGCGGCGGAUUCUUCUCCGGUGUACCGCCUCCGAGGUGGCUAUGUGGGCUUGGACAUCAGCCGUGGCCGGCCCCAGGACGUCCUGCGGGAGGGCCAGCUGGCGCAGUCGCUGGUGCAGCUGUACUUUAUCCAUUACAGCGAUAUUCACUUCAUGCUGGACGAGGAAACGAUGCUUCGACAACUGGCCCUUGGCGAGGUUCCCAAGAUCUUGCUCUACUCAAUCAUGGCUCUCGCUAUCCGAUUCUCUCAUGCACCGUUUGACGACGACGGCUCCACUGCCAACCGAGGAGAACUCAUGUUCGACCACGCCCGGCGUCUGCUCCAGCAGGACUUUGACCGCCUGAGCAUCACCAACAUCCAGGUAUACAUACUGCUCAGCACGUACAAGCUAGCAUACGGCGGCCCUGCCCAGGCUCACACAUUCCUCAGCAUCGCAGCCAACAUGAUCCAGCUACUGCGAAUCAUGGAGUUCGACUCAGAGAUCGACCCAAUCCGGAUCGAGCUUGAUCGCCGCCUCGUCGCCACGAUGAUGAUUAUGGACCACCUCGUCUCCGGCUCGCUGCGGCUACCACUCCUUAUCAGCUCGCAAUACGCGACUCCCACAGUCAUGAACGAGGACGAGUUCUGGGCCUUGAAGCGGCGCACAACGAGCGUGGUCAACAGCAGCGCAAUGAACCCCGCCAGCAUGGCAAUACCAGACCACAUACUGAGGCUGUCGAGGCUUCUACACGCAGCCUGCACGGCGUACUGGACUGCCGGAAGUCGUGAUAUAUCAGAGACCCUGACCUCGCUGAGCGAAGAACACCGCCUCCUCAGGGAAAGCUGGGACGCGUCACUCCUCUGCACGGAGGAGAACCUCGCCAGACACCGCGCGAAAGAGUCAAUCCGGAUAUUUCUCUUUAUGCACCUGCUCGACAACCAUGUGGGCCAGGUCAUCCAUUUCUGCUCCCUCCUGGAUCCCUUUUCGUGGUUCCACCACUCGCCGUCUCACACCACCACCACCACCGCAACUACCUCGCCGCCUAGCUUCUCGUUCUCCGCGGCGGCACAGGCUGCGGAUUGGCAGUCGGAGUGUCACAAGCACGCGCACGCCGUGAUGCACAUCGUCGAGUACGCGCUUGCCGCGGACAUUGACCUUCAUAACUUCCAGGUCGGCCAGAUCCUCGUUGCCGCCACGGUGGUGCUCACGCAUGAGAUCCUGACCCGUCUUGCGAACAACGAGUUCUCCCCGUCCCCGCUGGCAACAACGACGACAACGAUAACAACACUGAGGAUGUUGGGAACCUCGGAUCCUCCUCCUGCCGCUGCGCUCGAUAAUGUAUUAAUGGCAGCGAAGAUUGAAUCGAGCCCGCAGAUCCGCGCGAUACGCGAAUGUAUUGUCCGCAGCCGGCGUCAUACGAGGAUGUAUGACUGGGUACUACAGCAGUUCGAUGUUUUCUGCCAGUUAUGCUCCUCGUCCACUCCUGCGGCUGUCGGGGCCGUGUUCGCCAAGAACACCCAGCUGCUGAGGGAGGUCCUGCGCAUCGGCAGCUUUUAUGAGCGGAGAGAUCCGCGGACGGGAGGUCGACGGGAAGGUAUCGAGGCCCUGUUCUAUCCAGACGGAAACUCGCCGUCCUGACGCGUUUGUAUGUUUCCUCAGCAGAAUCAACGCAAGCGUCAUAUUGUUCUUAAAACCGAGACCUGUGUGUGAAGCGCGGGACAGGAUUGAAGUCAUCGAUCGCACUCUGUAUACCAAGAAUCUCUAGCAAGACCCCGGUCCGAUCUGAGGUCA